AUGGAAGACACCGCCGUGGACAUUGACACUCUUAUUGAUGAGAUGGACUACAUUCCUGGUCACUUUCAUCUAGAUAUGAAUUUAAAUUUUGAAACUUCUGCACCAAUCAGCUUCCAAGGGAGAGACUUGAAGUUGAAACGAGAAAGUCUACUCUACGAGUUGGAGUUUGAAACUGGCUCACAGCAAUAUGCCAUUCAAAACCUUCUCGGGGUAUUUUCCUUCUACCUGGAGGAAGUGGAGCAAGCCAAGGAUUUUUUGCAUAUCACUCAGGAGCAGCCUGAGAACUUAAACGCUUGGGCCAACUUGGCCUACAUCUAUGACAGGUUGAACCAGGAGCAAGAAGAGGCUGAGUGCACUGAGCAGCUCUCCCACUUUAUGGGUUUGGAUUCAGAAGACAAGCUGCAGGGAAAUCACCAGGACAGAGCAGCCCGUUGCCUGGCUGAACAGGGCUAUGCUUAUGCCUUUGAUAUCAGGCUAACAAAUGAAGAAGAGAAGAUGGAGAAACUGACUGUAGGCCUCACUCUCUACAGCAAGGCUCUGGCUUAUGGAAAGCAGAUACCUUUAGAGGAGAAAUGGAGCUGGUACUUUGCCAUGGCCACUCUGCACAUCAGACUAGAUAGGGUGUGGAUGAACAAAGGGGAGGAUGAGAAGAAGAGACUGAAGGCUUUCAACAGAACUCUGGUUUUGCUUCAACAAGUACUAAAGUCAUCUAAUCUACACUACAGAGCUGUAGCCUGGUGCUAUCUUGGGAUGCUACUAGAAAGGAAAUAUUCUUUCUCAACUACUCCCCUGGGCAUUAAUGACUGUGGUUAUGCUGGAACUGAUCCCUGGAUUGCUUGGAAAGAAAAUGUAUUUGCUUUUAAGGCAAUAGAGGUUGCUAGAGAUAAUCCGCCUGUUCUCAACCGCCUGUCAAAAAUCUUCCAUUUCCUUGGCAAGCUAGAGAUGGCAAUGGCAGUUUGCAACAUGGCUCUGGAUGUAAUCCCUGAUCCAGGACUUAACUGGCAGGCAUAUUGUAUGCGUGCUAAGGUAGAUGCUGAUUAACUGUAUUUACGGGAUGUGGAACGUGUGAAGAUGGGCUUGGCUGAAAUGCCAGACCAGAACCUUUUGGGGGCCAAAGUUGAUCUUGAAAAAGUCAUCAAAGUCCACCCCUGCCUGAAAACCUACGUUGAUCUCGGCCAAGUAUAUUACUACCUGGGAGUAGAUGCUAUGCAGGAGUUUUUCCUUGUGGAUGAAAAUGCCCUCAAUAAAGCCCUUGUGCUCUUUACUAAAGCCAUGGAAUUAGACCUGGGAAAUGUCUUGCCUGAACUCCAGGUGCUGAAAGGGAAAUGUCUUUGGAUUAAAAACGAGACUCUGGAAGCCAUGGAGUGCUUCAAGCAAGCCAUAGAGCUGGACGAUGUGGGUUCCACACACAGAGAGAGCUUCCGGUACUUAAUGGAGCUGCUGCUUACCCUGUUUGCUCAGAAGAGGAUUAACGUGGAGAUGCUAAUGAAGGAGGUAGAGCUGUGGGUGAAGAAGGCGGAAGAGAAAUAUCCAAGCCAGCAAGUGCAGCAGGAACUUCGAUUGGUCUGUCGGCAUCACACCAGUGAGGUGCUUGAACUUUCCAAAGCUAUGCUGGCUCGAGGGAAGACAGAACUGGUGAAGCUGCUUUUUGAGACCAUGAAAUGUGAUUUUAAUCGAGCCAGACUGAGUGAACGUUCAUUCUCUUUUUGA